CAAUCCGCUAACGGUUGGGAGGAGUUGGGGAAGUACUUCAAGCCAAGUUAGUUCGGCCCCACAGACAGUGACAAAACAGUCGAGCUUUUGUCCUCGUUCAGUCGCUCACAAGUCGUCUAGCUGAGAACGGAUCUAUCGCAGCCAUGACUAAGGACCCAAAUAAGCCAAGAGGAAAGACCUCGUCGUAUGCUUACUUCGUUGCAACCUGCCGCGAAGAACACAAAAAGAAACAUCCAGGGACCAGUGUAGGCUUUGCUGAGUUUUCCAAGAAAUGCUCCGAGAGAUGGAAGACCAUGUCAGCCAAGGAGAAGGUGAAAUUUGAGGAUUUGGCUAAAACAGACAAGGUCCGGUAUGACCGGGAGAUGAAAACCUACAUCCCCCCUAAAGGUGCUCCAGGCAAAGGCAAGAAGAAGAAGGACCCUAAUGCACCCAAAAGGCCACCGUCUGCUUUCUUUGUAUUUUGCUCCGAUCACCGUCCCAGAAUAAAGGAGGAGAAUCCUGGUAUUUCCAUUGGUGACAUCGCAAAGAAGCUUGGAGAGCUGUGGUCUACACAGACUUCAAAAGACAAGAUUCCUUAUGAGGCAAGGGCUGGCAAACUGAAGGAAAAAUAUGAGAAGGAUGUUGCGGCAUACAAAGCCAAAAGUGGCUUGGGGAAGAGUGAUGCUGGCAAGAAGAGUGGACCAGGCAGGCCCGCUGCCAAGAAAGCACAACCAGUUGACGACGACGACGACGAUGACGAAGAAGACGACGAAGAGGAUGACGACGACGACGACGAUGAUGAUGACUAAGCGGCUUAUUUGUUUAAAGGAUGUGGAUUUUGCGUUGCAUUUUUCAGAUCAGUUUUUGUGUGGGUAAUUCAAACGGUAUAGCCUGCUGUCCCUGUUGGUCUGCCUCUGUAGGAUACCAGACCUGUAUUCCUUUUCAUGUUCAGGGAUUUAGUUUAUUUUGUAAUUUAGUCUGUUUUUUCUUUAAAUAUUUCUGCUAAAAUUCUUUUAUACAUCCAAAACCCUCAUUGAUACCUUAGGGGGCAACUAGAUAAUGAAUUUCCUAUCACAUACAAUGGAAUGAAUCCGUGUGUACAAGUGGUUGAAAGAAGCAAAUUGGCAUUUUUUUUUUUUAAGUAUUCUUUCUGGAAGCACUGCUUUAAGUUUUCUGUUUAGUGGUGUGGUUUCUUCACUGUCAUUUUACUACCAGGAGUUACCUGUAGUUUGAUUAAAAAUGUUUGAAGCCAUUUUUAAUAUGGAGCUUUGAAAACUUUCAUGUAGAAUUUUUUUUUUUUGUAAUAAAAUUUUGUAUA